AUGAAUCCAGGCUACAGGGGCAGAGCAGACCUGCCUGACAACUUGAAAAGCCUAUUCCGCCCCGUUGCCAUGAUGAGCCCAGACGUUGCACUAAUAUGUGAAAUUUUACUAAUGUCAGAAGGAUUUGAGAAUGCCCGAUCACUGUCGCGGAAAGCUACUGCUCUCUUUCAAUUAUUGACACAACAGCUAAGCAAGCAAGACCACUACGACUUUGGACUUCGUCCAAUUCGUGCAGCGCUGCAGAGGGCUGGAGAAGUCAAGCGUCAGGCGGAUGAAAGCAUGACGGAGCAGGCUGUCAUGAUUUUGGCCAUCCUUGACAUGGUUGUCCCUAAAACUGUUCCAGAAGACUUGGAAAUUUUGUUUUCUCUUGUUAAGGAUCUAUUCCCUGAAAAUGAUAUUGUUGAAAGAGAAUCAGAAGUUCUCCGGGAAGCUAUUGAGUUGGCAGUAGAGAGGAACGGGUGGACCAGAGUGGAGAGUCAAAUGACCAAGGCGCAGCAGUUAUUUCAAUGCAUGCACAGUCGACACGGAAACAUGCUUGUUGGCAGUACUCUGUCUGGCAAAUCCACAGUGAUGUCCAUUCUAGAGCAAGCUUUGAACUACCUCAGUACUCGAGGUCAGCUCGUGUUUUCUUUAGCGAGGAUUGCAUGGCGUCGAAGUGCAUUCGUCUGA